AACUCUUGCGCCCAAACAACAACUCACUCUACGAGAAAUUCUGGUGCCUCGAUUCCUUCUCCGCCAUCGCCUGAUUUACCGUGUUGUGCGAUAUUGCUGCAAUCCUCAACGAUUGCAUUGAAACCGAGUCCAGCCCCCAACUCCUUUACCGACCGCCAUCAUGCCGAGCCCCAUGAGCAUUCUCUACUACGCUGUUCACCCCAGUGAACUGCGCUCUAUCAUCCAAUGGAAAGUAUGGCACAACCCCGUACACGAGCGCAACGAGGCGAAAGAAAGCGAAUCCCUGAAACGAUGCUUUCACUUCCUCAACAAGACAAGCCGUAGUUUCGCCGCCGUCAUCCUCGAAUUGCACCCUGAUCUUUUGGUGCCCGUCACACUAUUUUACCUGGUACUGCGAGGUCUCGAUACCGUGGAGGAUGACAUGACCAUACCUCUGGCGAAGAAGGAGCCUAUUUUGCGCAACUUCCAGGAUCUCCUAGAGCAGGAUGGAUGGAACUUUACCGAAAAUGGCCCCAACGAGAAGGACAGGCAGCUUCUGGUCGAGUUCAAUGUAGUGAUUGAGGAGUUCAAGAAGAUCAAGCCAGCCUACCAGGAGAUCAUCAAGGACAUCACCAAGCGCAUGGGUAACGGCAUGGCCGACUACGCGAACAACGCUGAAUUCAAUGCUGGUGUAGACACCAUCAAGGACUACGAACUCUACUGCCAUUACGUCGCAGGUCUCGUUGGCGAGGGUUGCACGCGCCUCUUUGUUGAGGCUGGGUUGGCGAACGCAGCGCUACUGAAGAAGCCCGAGCUCAUGGAGUCCAUGGGUCAGUUCCUCCAGCAGGUCAACAUCACCCGUGACAUCAAAGAGGACCUCGAUGACGGACGGCGAUUCUGGCCAAGAGAGAUUUGGUCCAAGCAUGUCGACAAGUUUGAAGACCUGUUCAAGGAGGAGAACAAGCAAAAGGCACUCAACUGCAGCUCAGAGAUGAUUCUGACUGCGUUGACUCGGGCUGACGACUGCUUAUAUUAUCUAGCUGGUCUCCGGGAGCAGAGCGUGUUCAACUUCUGUGCUAUUCCGCAGACCAUGGCGAUUGCGACGCUGGAGACGUGCUUCCAGAACUACGCCCUUUUCCAGAAGAACGUCAAGAUUACCAAGGGCGAGGCGUGUCAGUUGAUGGUAGAGUCGACACAGAACCUGCAGCUUGUCUGCGAGGUCUUCAGGCGAUAUGCUCGCAAGAUCGCCAAGAAGAACAACCCACAUGACCCCAAUUUCCUGAAGAUUAGCAUCACAUUGGGAAGAAUUGAGCAAUUCAUCGAGUCGAUAUUCCCGUCGCACCAACCUCCAGUCGACAGGAAGUUGCCAUCCAGCAUAGAGGAGGCAAUCAAGAAACAAAAGGAAGACAACGAAGCCAAAUGGGACCUGAUUUACAUCAUCGCGGCUGUUUUGGGAACCGUCCUCUUUAUGACCUUCAUUAUGCUUGGUAUCGCCUGGCUCGCUGGUGCUCGUUUCGACAUUGCCUAUUCUCAAUUCAAGACUGAGUUUGGCAAGCUCAUGAGCCUCGCAGGAUUAGACAACGGCACGGCGCAAGUAACAGAGGUGCAUGAGACUCUGGUCAAGAGUGAACUAUGA